UCUCUCUGUCUCUGCGCGCAGCAACGCCGCGCCGCGGCCCCGAUCAGGAAGGGAAUUUCAAGAAAAUAAGCGGCUGUGGAGGGAGAAUGACAUAGAGAGAGGAGGAGAGGUGGGAGAGAAUCAAACGGAUAAAAUAAGCGACUUUAGCAGAGGGGAGGAAUCGAGGCUGUUUCCGAAGCAGUUUGGAGGCGACCCUCUCUGGGAUUUUUCUGCACCGCCAAAAAAUAAUAAAAAAACACAUUUUUGUUUUUUAAAAUGCUCAUAAAGGAAUAUCGAGUGAUUCUUCCGAUCUCUGUGGAAGAGUACCAGGUUGGUCAGCUGUACUCGGUGGCCGAAGCCAGUAAGAAUGAGACGGGAGGAGGUGAAGGAGUGGAGGUGCUAAAAAAUGAACCCUAUGAGAAAGAAGGGGAGAAGGGACAGUACACACACAAAAUUUACCAUUUGCAGAGUAAAGUGCCGUCGUUUGUCAGAAUGUUGGCUCCAGCUUCAGCCCUCAACAUCCAUGAGAAGGCCUGGAACGCAUACCCAUACUGUCGUACAGUAAUCACGAACGAGUAUAUGAAAGAUAACUUCCUGAUCAAGAUUGAAACGUGGCACAAACCGGACAUGGGACACCAGGAAAAUGUACAUGGUUUGGAUGCAGAAACCUGGAAAAAGGUGGAUGUAGUCUAUAUUGAUAUUGCAGACAGAAGCCAGGUGGAACCAAAGGACUACAAGCCAGAGGAGGAUCCAUGCAGGUUCAAGUCCACGAAGACAGCACGAGGACCUCUAGGACCAGACUGGAAGAAGGAACUCCCUAACAAGAAAGACUGCCCACACAUGUGUGCUUACAAACUGGUCACUGUCAAAUUCAAGUGGUGGGGUCUGCAAAAUAAAGUGGAGAACUUCAUUCAAAAGCAAGAGAAACGCUUGUUCACUAAUUUCCACCGCCAGCUGUUCUGCUGGAUUGAUAAGUGGAUCGAGUUGAACAUGGACGAUAUUCGUCGUAUGGAGGAGGAGACGCGUAAGGAGCUAGAUGAGAUGAGAGUGAAGGACCCAGUGAAAGGGAUGGUGGCUCUAGAGGACUGAGGUUGUGUUGGUCGUGAAUGCUGCUGAACAUCAGAAAAUCCAGAAACCAGCGGAUUCACUCCUCCUUUUGUCUCAACUGACACAUCUGACCGGCCGGUCCAAAACCCACCUCCCGUAGUACUGUCUGGUUUUCAGGGAACUGGACCCAGUACACUCCCAGUUUUCAGCUAAUCUCCUCCUCACCUCCCCACCCUCUUUUCCAUCUGUCCUCUGUUUAUUUACUCGUCUUGUGUCUCCAUUUGAAUGAAGUCAUCCGAGGCCUCCAGUAGCAGCAUCAUAGAUCUUGUCCAUCAGUUCUCUCUUUCUCUCUCAGAAUCGUUGUAAAAUACAGAGAACAGUGAGCAUAUGUCAUCAUUUCUGCAAUUUAGGACCUAUUUCUACUUCAGAUAUUCCAGUGAUCAAUAUGUACAGUAUACACAGUAGAUGUACACGUCUGAGCAACCAGAAAGGAUUUUCCUCUGUACCUGCCUUCAUAUCAAGACAUUUUUUAGUUUUUAUACUGCUUUGUAUGUUUGUGUGUGCGCAAGCAUACUUGUGUGAGUGUGUGCAGGCUUCUGUUUGUGUGUGUUACUGUAGUCAUUAAGGGUUUGAGCCAUAUUUUCUUGCUCUUAGGUUUUAUUUGUCUGCUCAGACUGAACAUGCAGUCACUAAACACGAUGUUUAAGUGCAUAAAUCAGCAGGUAGAAAAGCUAUCUGUGAAAACACACCAAAAUGUGAAGCAUCGCAGUCAUGGUAAAUAAUUAUAACAGCCAUAAAUGAAAUCUCUUGGUUUGUUUGUUUGACAGUAAAAUUUUUCACAUGCUGUCAUCUCCAGUGGAUAAAUGGUCUUAUCCAGUAAGAGCAAUAACUAUCAUGGCUCGUUGGUCACUUUUAUUUUAUUUUAUUUUGUCGUAAAUCGUAAAGUUUGUUUCCACACUGAGAUCCGUUUCAGUGAAGCAGAACCAAGCCCUGCGUCAAUCAUCUGAUGAGUUUCUAUGUGUGUCUUUUUUCUCCCCUGCUGACAUCUGAAGCCUGUCAUUUCUAUUAAGUGUGUUCAUUUAUUUAUUUGUUCAUUUUUUGGAGGGUAUAUGUUUGUAUGUGAAAAAGUGGUAUUUGGUUUUGAAGAGAAUUGACGCUAGCUGGGUAAAAAAAACAGCGGACACAUUCCUCCUCCCUCAUUUUUCACGUCAGUUUGGCCUUUUUUGUCAUUAAUUCAUGACAUUUUUCCUCAAAUGCAUACUGUUUAAAUAUCUAAACACGUUUUAACAGAGUAGUGGGCAACAGAUCACAUCAUAAAGCUGACUGGCCCUGUGAUUAAGUCUUUCAAGAGCGCUAAUAAGAACUGCCACAAGAUAAGCGGAUCAGUUUUCUAUGCGAGGACGCCAAAGCUGGCUCUUUGCCUGAUUUGCUGAAAUAAAAUUUAAAAAAAUCUAAGAAGUUACAGAAUUUAAAAAAUUAAUAUAUUAAAUUAAAAAUUGUAUUUAUUUGUAUUUUUGGAACUGUACGUCAAAUACUUUGAAUCACAAAAACAUAAAAUUACACUUUGUGAGUCAGACUGAAUGUUCAGGUGAAGGAAAAAGGCUUUCCACUGGCUAAUAUUGAAUAUAAACCACAUUUAAAACCACCAGGAAAGUCUUAAGAAUAAGAACUCUUGUUGACCAACUAUUUUAUUUGCUUAGUUUGGUCAUCUAUUGUAAUUUAUUCUGUUCAUAGUUGCAACUAUAGCUAAGAGUUAACUCAAAACCAGACAGUAUUUUUUUUCAAGUUCCUUUAACUAGACUGAGCCAUCACCAUUUUAUGGUCAUGAUUAGAAGCAAAGUUACCAAAUAAAAAAAAUGUGUUCAGACAAAGUUCUUUUUAAAAAUAUAUAUAUUUUACUGUAAAUCCAGGGGCGAUUCUAGACUCGCUACUCUGUUAGAGAGGCUCGUUUUUCUAAAUGUUUCAAAAAUGAACUUAAAGCAUUUCAAAUAAGUAAUUGUAACAGCAAUUCAGUUACAGUUGUUUUAGAUGCAACAUCUUUUUAAUAUGUUUCAAAAUAUAAUUAUUUGGCAAAAAAACUUAUCUGUGUCAGUGUUAACAGGAAAAUACAGGUCCUUCUCAAAAAAUUAGCAUAUUGUGAUAAAGUUCAUUAUCGUCUGUAAUGUACUGAUAAACAUUAGACUUUCAUAUAUAUUAGAAUCAUUACACACAACUGAAGUAGUUCAAGCCUUUUAUUGUUUCUAAUAUUGAUGAUUUUGGCAUACAGCUCAUGAAAACCCAAAAUUCCUAUCUAAAAAAAUUAGCAUAUUUCAUCCGACCAAUAAGAAAAGUGUUUUUAAUACAAAAAAAAGUCAACCUUCAAAUAAUUAUGUUCAGUUAUGCACUCAAUACUUGGUCGGGAAUCCUUUAGCAGAAAUGACUGCUUCAAUGCGGCGUGGCAUGGAGGCAAUCAGCCUGUGGCACUGCUGAGGUGUUAUGGAGGCCCAGGAUGCUUCGAUAGCGACCUUAAGCUCAUCCAGAGUGUUGGGUCUUGCGUCUCUCAACUUUCUCUUCACAAUAUCCCACAGAUUCUUUAUGGGGUUCAGGUCAGGAGAGUUGGCAGGCCAAGUGAGCACAGUAAUACCAUGGUCAGUAAACCAUUCACCAGUGGUUUUGGCACUGUGAGCAGGUGCCAGGUCGUACUGAAAAAUGAAAUCUUCAUCUCCAUAAAGCUUUUCAGCAGAUGGAAGCACGAAGUGCUCCAAAGUCUCCUGAUAGCUAGCUGCAUUGACCCUGCCCUUGAUAAAACACAGUGGACCAACACCAGCAGCUGACAUGGCACCCCAGACCAUCACUGACUGUGGGUACUUGACACUGGACUUCAGACAUUUUGGCAUUUCCCUCUGCCCAGUCUUCCUCCAGAAUCUGGCACCUUGAUUUCCGAAUGACAUGCAAAAUUUGCUUUCAUCCGAAAAAAGUACUUUGGACCACUGAGCAACAGUCCAGUGCUGCUUCUCUCUAGCCCAGGUCAGGCGUGUCAGAACCCAAGCCCCCGGACCGGCCUCUCCCAGCUAACCGGCCUCCAUCUUGGACACAUUUCCCAGCAUGUUCGUCGCGGGAACUCACGGCAUUCUCCCAGUCACACCCAAGCCUAUAUAUGGAAGACGCCGCACCGGCUCUUCACUCAGUCAUUGUUUCAUUGAAACCCAUGAUCAGAGUUCUCUACCUAAUAAUCCAGACAUCAAACAUCCUUACCAAGCUCAACUCCCGCACCCAGUCGACCAUCGUGACAGGGCGCUCCUGCCGCUGUUUCUGGUUCAAAAGGGGCUUGACCUGGGGAAUGCGGCACCUGUAGCCCAUUUCCUGCAAACGCCUGUACACGGUGGCUCUGGAUGUUUCUACUCCAGACUCAGUCCACUGCUUCCACAGGUCCCCCAAGGUCUGGAAUCGGUCCUUCUCCACAAUCUUCCCCAGGGUCCGGUCACAUCUUCUCGUUGUGCAGCGUUUUCUGCCACACUUUGUCCUUCCCACAGACUUCCCACUGAGGUACCUUGAUACAGCACUCUGGGAACAGCCUAUUUGUUCAGAAAUUUCUUUCUGUGUCUUACCCUCUUGAUUGAGGGUGUCAGUGAUGGCCUUCUGGACAGCAGUCAGGUCGGCAGUCUUACCCAUGAUUGCGGUUUAGAGUAAUGAACCAGGCUGGGAGUUUUUAAAAGCCUCAGGAGUCUUUGUCAGGUGUGUAGAGUUAAUUAGUUUAUUCAGAUGAUUAGGUUAAUAGCUCGUUUAGAGAACCUUUUCAUGAUAUGUUAAUUUUUUGAGAUAGGAAUUUUGGGUUUUCAUGAGCUGUAUGCCAAAAUCAUCAAUAUUAGAAAUAAUAAAAGGCUUAAACUACUUUAGUUGUGUGUAAUGAAUCUAAUAUAUAUGAAAGUCUAAUGUUUAUCAGUACAUUACAGACAAUAAUGAACUUUAUCACAAUAUGCUAAUCUUUUGAGAAGGACCUGUAUUUGUGUAUUCACUUUAGAAAAAUGCAUUCACAUGCGUUGGUUUGACAUCUUGCAUUGGCCUAAAUUGUGUCAAUACUUAUUCAUGCCCCAGCUGGGAGUCCAGGGUGGCGCUGGCCCACCCUGGAGCCACCCAUACAACCACCCCUGUAUAAAACAAGAAUUGAACUAUGAAGAAAUCAAACAAAUGCAAAGGUAAAAGGCCAUACAAAUUUAAGAUUAUUAUAGUUUAAACCUUGGAUAUGCUCCAUUUAAAUAAGUUAAUAAAGACUUUUCUCACACCCUUGUAUGUUUCACACAUUUUCUGAGUUACAAAACAUCGUUUUUGUUGCCUCCUUUUUGGUGGAAGGGAACCAUCAGCCCCGGAUGAACAAAUCCUUCCAAAUUUUUGUCUGUCGAGCAUCUCUUCUGUGUGUCUGUGGGGCGACUCGGUCAUGGAGAUUUGUGGAUGUACUGUCCGUACUGGCUUUGUAAAUAGUAAAUAAAUUAAUGUAGAUGAACACACACACACACAUAUAUAUAUAUAGAUGAGACUGUCCUGCCAAUCUGGCAGCAAAUCCUGCAGAAUUCCUGUAGAUUAGUUACUAAAAUGUAGUUCUGCUAAGAAAUUAUUAAGGAUAACAAUAAGGUUUUAGGAUGGUUGGAAAAUUUUCAAAAUAAAACUUUUUGUCCUCACAUUUAUCCCUUAUAUGGACAGCACAUCAUUGGCAGAACAGUGUAUGGAUCUAUAUUUUUGUUCUGAAUGUUGUACCUCCGUUGUACCGCAGUCUCUGAACUACACUCUCUUCUCUUGGUGAAAACAAACGUAACAGCAACUUGUUUCAGCUCAUCGAUCCGGUGUCGGAGAAACCUCGAAGCACAAAGGAUCUUUGAAGAUUACAAAAAAAGCACGGGAAAAGACUGAAAGUUUAACGAGGAUGUUUAUUUUUAAGAGCCUGAACAUACAAACAUAUGAGAGAUGGUAUUCAGCAGAGACAAUCUCAUUUAUCUGUUGUCAGAGUUCCUUGAUUUAUUUGUUGGGAGUGUGAGGAAAACCAAAUGAUCCCAAACUGUUUUUGAGUCUCUCUCUCUCUCUUUUCUCCCUCGUUCCUUUUAACUUGUCUCCUGUUUUCUUUCAUUUAUUGUGAAUCUGUGCCUUUUGGUCAUCUUAUUCUCUAAUAGCACUGCUGUACAUCAGAGAUGUAAAGAAAUGAAUAAAAAUCAAAGCAAGUGUACA